AUGUCUCCCAAGUCCAUCCCCCCCCAGGAGAUCGAAGGCACCCCAGACUGGCAACACCAGGCCGUCUUCCGACGAAACACUCUCCCUGCACGCUCCUACCACAUUCCCGAGACCUCCCUCCUCCUCAACGGGCAGUGGGAGUUCUCCUACACCUCGUGCCCUGAGGAGUCCCCUCAGCCCGGCGACGAGGAUGUGCCCGAAGACAACUGGGGCACCAUUGAGGUCCCCGGCCACUGGCAGCUCCAGGGCCACGGUCGCCCUCACUACACCAACACCGUCUUCCCCAUUCCCGUCUGCCCGCCUUUCGCCCCGACAGACAACCCCACCGGUGUCUACCGCCGUACCUUCAACGUUCCCUCGACCUGGGACGCCAGCUCGCAGCUGCGCCUGAGGUUCGACGGCGUCGACAGCGCCUACCACAUCUACGUCAACGGCGCGCUUGUUGGCUACGCCGAGGGGUCAAGAAACGCGUCCGAGUUUGACGUCACCGAAUUCGUCAAGCACGAUGCGCCCAAUGACCUCUUUGUCAAGGUCUACCAGUGGUCUAGCGCCACCUACAUCGAGGACCAGGACCAGUGGUGGCUCUCUGGCAUCUUCCGCGAUGUCCACCUCCUGGCCUUCCCCAAGACGGACAGGAUCGACGACUGGUUCCUGCGCACCGAUCUGGAUGCCAAGUACGAGAACGCCACGCUCCAGGCCACCGUCGAUGUCACGGCCUCCACGUCGGACACCCUCAAGAUCACCCUCAAGGAGCUCGCCAAGAACGGCGGCGCCGUCAUCACCACCCAGGAUGCUCCCGUCAAGAGCGGCGACACCAAGAUUGACCUCGACUUGGCCGUCUCGAACCCCAAGAAGUGGACUGCCGAGACGCCCUACCUCUACCAGGUGGAGAUCACCCUCGGUGCGCACACCAUCCAGCAGAACAUUGGCUUCCGCAAGGUCGAGCUCAAGGGUGGCUUGAUUCGCGUCAACGGCGUGCCCAUCCGCAUCUAUGGUGUCAACCGUCACGAGCACCACCCCAAGUUCGGUCGUGCUGUUCCACUCGACUUCAUCAAGAGGGACCUGCUGCUCAUGAAGACGCACAACAUCAACUCUCUGCGAUGCUCGCACUACCCGCCGCACCCCAAGCUCUUCGACAUGUGUGACGAGCUCGGUCUCUGGGUUAUGGACGAGGCCGAUCUCGAGACGCACGGCUUCUACGACUGCAUUGCCCGGCCUCUGGACAUUCCCGAGGAGUGGGACUACGAGGAGCGCAAGAAACAGACUUUCCCGCCGGCGGGCAAGUACACUAGCCAGAACCCCGAUUGGAAGGAGGCCUAUGUCGACCGCAUGGUCCAGCUCGUUCAGCGCGACAAGAACCACUCCUCCAUCAUUAUGUGGUCUCUCGGCAAUGAGGCCUUCUACGGUGACAACCACAAGGCCAUGUACGAGUACGGCAAGGCCUUUGACCCCACGCGCCCCAUCCACUACGAGGGAGACGUCGACGCAGUGACGGCCGACAUGUUCUCGUACAUGUACCCUCCCAUUGACAGGCUGCUGCACCUCAUGAAGACGGCGGGUGUCAAGGAGGACGGCAGCUGGGACAAGCCCAUUGUUCUUUGCGAGUAUGCUCACGCUAUGGGCAACGGCCCCGGUGCCCUCGAUGACUACGUCGAGACCUUUGAAGCCAACGAGCGCCUUCAGGGAGGUUACAUCUGGGAGUGGGCCAACCACGGCAUCUGGAAGGAGGACUCCGAUGGCAAGAAGUACUACGCUUACGGUGGUGACUUUGAUGACUUCCCCAACGACGGUACCUUUGUCAUGGAUGGCCUGCUGCACAGCACCCACGAGCCGACCCUUGGCCUUGUCCAGCUCAAGAAGUCCUACCAGCCCCUGCUUCUAUCAGUCGAAGGAGGCAAGCUCGUCAUCAAGAACAAGUACGACUUUGUUGGUGUUCAACACCUGUCGGCGACCUACAAGGUUGAAGAGCUUGGUGAGAGCACCUCGCACAUUGCUGCCGGUAGCCUCGAGAUCCCUGCCAUCGCAGCCGGCGAAACCUUAUCGGUCGACCUUCCAGCCUCGUUGUCGAAUAUCAAGUCCACCAAGGAUGUCUUCCUCACCGUCUCCUUCCGCCUGAAAGAGUCUACAAACUGGGCUGAGCCCUCGCAUGAGAUUGCCUGGAUCCAGCACCAGCUCUCCUCGGCCGAGGCUCCCACGUCCGCCGCGGCCCUCAACACUCUCACCUCCAAGCUCACGGUGGAGAAGACGCGUGCGCGGGCUACCAUCUCCGGCCUCGACUUCUCCUUCGUCUUUGACACCGCUCGCGGUCUGCUUGUGUCUUGGACGGCUGGCGACAAGACGCUCCUGGAAAAGGACCCGGCCACGGGUGCCGCACUGAUCCCCAACUUUUGGCGUCCCCCAACGGACAACGAUGUACCCGUCGCCUGCGUGUACUGGAAGCGCUUCGGCGUGCACGAGCUCACCAGUCAGCUGCGCUCUCUCGAGAUUGUUGAGUCGGCUGACAAGGUUGAGAUCUCCACCAAGACGUUCCUGUCCCCCCCUGUGCUCGCCUGGGGCUUUGAGACGACGUCCAAGUACACAAUCAGUGCCACUGGUAAGCUGACAGCGCUCAGCCAGGUCAAGUACCUCGGUCUCGGCCCCGACGAGUCGUACCCCGAUAAGCAGACGAGCCAGCGCGUCGGCGUGUACAGCGCCACGGUGCCUGAGCUGCAGACACACUACGAGGUGCCGCAGGAGAACGGCAACCGCAUGGCGACGCGAUACGUAACGCUGACAGAGGGUGGCCACGGCCGCGGCUUCCGCGCGACGCCCUCGGACGCUUCGGCGUGGACCGACGAGUCUUGGCGCGACUUCAGCUUCCGUGCCAGUCACUACUCGGCCGACACUCUUCACUUUGCCAAGCACCCGUGCGACCUCGUCGAGGCAGAUGCGACGCUGCUGCGUCUUGAUGCUCGCGUGGCUGGUGUCGGCAGUGCCGCGUGCGGUCCUGGUCCGCGUGAGGACCUUCUCGUCAAGACAGAGCCCCUCAAGUUUGGCUUCGUGCUCGAGCGUGUAGGAUUUUAG